AUGGCGACUAGUGGCACGAUGGAGAGUGUCCGCUGGAUCAAUCGAUGGUACAUCAAGAAACGAAAAAGAGCAGAAACGCGGUCUGAUGUGGAUCACGCUUACGAAAAGCUUCGAACCGCACUUGGCCGUGAAGUAGCCAUUUCACGAAAACCAAUCCUAAAGCUGCAGGACGAACUUCGCCUGGAGAAGAGCGAAUGCCAAACGACAGAGGAACUCCUACUGGACACCAAAGAUCAAAAGAUGAUUUCGUACUAUUAA